CUGACGCGUCCUCUUCUUCCUCCUCCUCGAGACCUCGGCACCUCGCACGCCACGCUUCUCCUCCUCUUCCUAUCCCAAUCCACUCGGCGACCCCCCUCGCCGUCGCCGCGCUGCGCCGGCGAGCGCCACGGGAGCAGCAGCCCUCGCCGCUCCGCGGCUAGCUAGCUCGUCUCCUCGUCCGCCUCGCGCCUGCUGGAGAUCCGCCCCCCGACCCCCGUGGAAGGAAGGAAGAAGGGAGGGUUGUAACAGCCUAACAGGUUGUGGGAGUCUUGGAGGUGCUGGUUUUGUGGUGUGGUGUUCGCAGUUUGGUUGGAGCUUGGAGAUUUAGAAGGAAGGUUUGACGAUGAGCAGCCGCAGCCCGCCACCAAAGGACCGCAGGAUUCGUACUGAGCGUACCUCAUACCGUGAUGCGCCAUACAGGAGAGACAGCCGCCGUGGUCCUAGCAGAUUUCCUAAUGAUUUGUGCAACAAUUGUAAGCGUCCAGGACAUUUUGCUAGAGAUUGUCCAAAUGUGGCUCUUUGCCAUGCAUGUGGGCUUCCAGGGCACAUUGCAGCAGAGUGUUCUUCCAAAGAUCUCUGCUGGAACUGCAAAGAACCUGGCCACAUGGCUAACAGCUGCCCAAAUGAAGGGAUAUGCCGCAACUGUGGCAAGUCGGGUCACAUUGCAAGAGAAUGCAGUGCUCCACCAAUGCUGCCAGGUGAAAUGAGGCUUUGCAGCAACUGCUACAAACCAGGGCACCUUGCUGCGGAAUGCACCAAUGAGAAGGCCUGCAACAACUGUAGGAAGAGUGGCCAUCUUGCUCGUAACUGCCCUAACGAGCCCGUCUGCAACCUAUGCAACGUGUCAGGACAUUUGGCCCGAGAGUGCCCCAAAUCUGAUGCUAUCAAUGAGAGGGGUGGGCCUCCUCCCUUCCGUGGUGGAUACAGUGAUGUGGUCUGCCGUGCUUGCAAUCAGGUUGGUCAUAUGAGCCGUGAUUGCAUGGCCGGUGCGUUCAUGAUCUGCCACAACUGCGGUGGUCGUGGUCACAUGGCUUAUGAGUGCCCAUCUGGGAGGCUUAUGGAUCGGUUUCCCCCUCGCCGUUUUUGAGUGAUUUUCCAAGUGCUCAAUCAGAUGACUCUUCGUUGGGACCGGCAUUAUGAAUAAUCAUAUCUCGUGCUUUAUGCCUUAAGAAUGUUAGUGUAUUUCAGAUACUUCAGUUUUCAUAGUUUGUCAGCUUACUUGUAUUUGUCGGUUCUGCUGUUUAACUGCGAUACUCGUUGAUCGGUGAGGAUGAAUUCCAGAUGGGAUACUUGUUUUAAUUCCUACAAACUUGAAGUUAGUCUUAUAUGCCUUGCAGUUGCA